AUGAAUAACCAGGUUGUCUACCAAGAUCUGACCAAUGUUCUAGGUCUGAGUAGGUUUGGCUCUGAGAACCUUUCGGAUGUCUCAACUACAGUUUUGCCACUGAAAGGUGAUGCUAUGGAUCCUACAAAUUUGUUGUAUCUGAAGACUGACCCAUCUGAGAACGGACUCAAACCGGUUGAAAAUUCAAGCGACAAUCUACAGGAUAUGGCUUGUGAGAGCCCCCUUGCUGGAAAAGUCAAGUUCAUGUGCAGCUUUGGUGGGAAAAUCUUGCCUAGGCCAAGUGAUGGGAAGCUCAGGUAUGUCGGUGGGGAGACACGUCUCAUCUCGAUAACCAGGAACUUCUCGUGGAAUGAACUAGUGCAGAAAACUCUCACGAUCUACAGUCAGCCUCAUAUCAUCAAGUAUCAACUUCCUGAUGAGGAUCUGGACGCACUCAUUUCUCUUUCGUGUGACGAGGAUUUCCAGAAUAUGAUGGAAGAAUACUGCAGUCUUGAAAAGGCCAAAGACUCCGUUAGGCUAAGGAUAUUUCUUGUCUCCCUCAAUGAAUGUGAAGAUUUGUCAUUGGACACAAAGAGCUUGGAGAGUGAACCAGAGUAUCAUUUUGUUGUUGCUGUGAACAAUCUUGCACAUUUGAGCAGGAGCAUAAGUGGCAACAAUUUAAUGAGCCAAUCGAGCCAUCAACUGGAUCCUUCUCCACACCCCUUUAGAGACUCACCUGUCUGUCAAAUCAAUACAGAAGUUGGAGCCAAAGAUUCUAUUGGAGCAACUCUUAAUGAGUCUUCCUCUCAGUUUUUCCUUGCUCCAUACACACAACAACUUGUGGUCGAGUCGUCAACAACUUCGUCCCCAAGUUUAGGUCAGCAGAGGACCAUGAAACAGUCUAGGAUGCAACCCCCUGCAGAUGAAUUGACAACAAACCAAGAACAUGUGAAUAGAAGUGAAAUUUGCAAUGGCCCAAAUUUGAAAACCAUGCUUCCGGACCAUCUAGAUAAGAAGCAAAAUGAUACAGACAUGGGUAUUGGAACUGGAUCUCCCAUGCAACAUCUCCACAUUCAAAGGCAGGUAAAAGGUUUGGCUGGAAAUGGUAUUGACUUGAUUCCACGUACCAACUAUGAUGUUUCUACUCCAGCGGAAGCAUCCUUUUAUUCUGAAAAGGUCACCAUGCAUCCAGAAAAUGAAGGAUGGGCAUCUGGUCUGCAGGAACACACUGGCCAAAUUCUAGGCAUGCCUCAUGCCUUCUCCGAUCCUUUGCUAAACAAUCUCAAUGAAUUACCUGCAUCGAAUUUGUCAUUACCUGCUGGUUCCUACAUGACCCAAUCAUUUUCCCAGAAAAUAUGUCAAACUAAUGAGUUGGAGAGAACAAUAAGUAGGACUGGGCCAGCUUUUGAAUGUGUUAAACCCCCUGACAUUGCCUGUACAGAUGAAUCAAAUUACCUUGUUUCUAAUCAUAUUGACCAACGGUACAAUCAAGGAAUUAUUGGUCCAGCCAGUUCACAGCCACCAGUAUAUUACCAAGAUGAAAGUUUGUCUAGUAAUGUGACACAAAAAUUUCAUGAUGGUGAUCAUGUAGUUCAACGACAGGAUACGUUUUUUCAUCAGGAUAAAAGCGCAGGUCCAAAUGUUGCUCCCUGGAACAAUUUUGUUAAUACAGGGUUAAUUUACAACGCACAUGGUGCAAAGUUGUCCUCAGAUGAUUUGGAUGCUCUAGAAAGUUCGGUUCCAAAGCUGAUGCAUGCUACUGAUCAUUCCCUUUCAUAUCUCCUUAAUGUAUCCCAAGGAGGCAAUUCAGAAAGUGGAUCACAUGUAGAGAAACUGAAUUCAGGGUCUGUUACUAAAGAUUAUGGAACUACUGGCUAUGUGCAUGGAACUGAUAAAGUUGCUCCAGAGCCUCAUGUUCUGUUGCCUAUAAAGUCUUCUGAAGCUUUUGUCACGCAAAGAUCAAUGGGCAAUGGAGAAUCUGGUGUAUAUCAGAAUGAUAAUUUGCACAAGUCAUCAGUGCAUAGCCCUGGCUUGGCUACCUCUCUACAUACUGGGCUGAUUGAUACUAAUCCGAGUAUGAACUUGCACGGCAAUGGUGGCCUCUCUUUGUCUUCGUCUCAAAAUCCAGUUGUGGAUGGUGUUUCUAGGAGAGAGGACCCCCUUUGUGAUUGGGGCAAUAUCGCCUGCAGUGAAGGAAUCAUUGGAUUUGACCAUACCACCACCAAUAAUGAACACAUAAAGCUAGCACACAGGCUGCACGAUAAUGUUCAAAUGAAUGUACCUGUCAUAGUUGAGGACGUGACUGAUAAUGUACCUUCAGGCAUUCCAUCAUCCAGACCAGUUGUUCCUCAGGUUGUAAUGGCAGCUGAAGAACAGCAAGAGGUGAUUCUUUCGUCACAGAAGGAUGAUGAUACUAGGAGUGAUGCGGCAGAGUUAGCUAAUGAGGAUCAUGAUGAUGGAGUUGCCGAUGGGUCCAUUAGUGAUGCUGUAGUUGCUGAACUUGAAGCCAGCAUGUAUGGAUUACAGAUCAUAAAAAAUGGUGACCUCGAGGAGCUACGUGAACUGGGAUCUGGGACAUUUGGAACUGUAUAUUAUGGAAAGUGGCGAGGAACUGAUGUUGCUAUCAAGCGCAUUAAAAAAAGCUGUUUUGCUGGAAGAUCAUCUGAACAAGAGAAACUUACCAGUGACUUUUGGAGGGAAGCAAAGAUUCUUUCAAAGUUACAUCAUCCAAAUGUUGUUGCUUUCUAUGGUGUGGUCCCUGAUGGAACUGGAGGAACACUGGCAACUGUGACUGAAUUCAUGGUGAAUGGCUCACUGAGGAAUGUUCUUUUAAGGAAAGACAGAAUGCUUGAUCGUCGGAGAAAACUUACCAUUGCUAUGGAUGCGGCAUUUGGGAUGGAAUACUUGCACUCCAAAAGCAUAGUGCACUUUGAUUUGAAAUGCGACAACUUACUUGUUAAUUUGAGAGAUCCUCAGAGGCCAAUUUGCAAGGUUGGGGACUUUGGGUUGUCAAGAAUCAAGCGCAACACUUUGGUUUCUGGUGGUGUACGCGGCACUCUUCCAUGGAUGGCACCAGAGUUACUGAAUGGUAGCAGCAGCAAAGUCUCUGAGAAGGUGGAUGUAUUCUCCUUUGGGAUAGUUUUAUGGGAGAUCUUGACUGGUGAGGAACCGUAUGCAAAUAUGCAUUGUGGCGCUAUCAUAGGCGGCAUUGUCAAUAACACUCUGCGGCCUCCAAUACCUGAAAAGUGUGACCCCGAUUGGCGAAAGCUGAUGGAGCAAUGUUGGUCGGCCAAUCCUGAUGCCCGCCCCUCAUUCACUGAGGUCACCGACAGGCUACGAGCCAUGCCACCAGUGCCUUCAGUCGAGAGGACAGGCUCCGGCGAACAGAUGAAGUGUUAUAACAUCAGCCAGCAGUCCCAAAUGGUAAACCCCCGUUCAGAUUCAGUACAACCACAGAAGCAUGCUGAGAAAGGGCGAGACUGCGUUCGUGUGACGGUGUCGGUCACAACGGAUAAGGUCAGUGUCCGUCCAUUGGAUUGUUGGAUAUCUGGAUCUGAGACUGCUGACUUGGUCCCGAUCCCUCACCGCAUUUCCUGGCAGUUCCUACUGAGCUGA